AUGCUUGCGAACAGUGACAGCGAGAACGAGGGCCAUGAAGUCACCAAAGGCAACGAGAAGGUGUCCCAUCUACGCAUCGUGGCUUCUCAAUCGUUGGUUACAAACGCUAUUCUCAACCACAAAUACCAUGGCUCGGGAACUUUGGACGAUCCAUACCUCGUCGAGUUCAUCCCCAACGACCCGCGUAAUCCCAUGGACUUCCCUGACUGGAAGAAAUGGUGCCUGAUCGCUACCGUUGCAAUGACCACACUGGCGGUGGCCUUCGUAUCGACCGCCUACACCGGCAGCAUUGUGCAGAUUAUCGAAGAGUUCCAGUGUAGUCAAGAACUUGCAACUCUUGGGCUAUCAUUGUUUGUCUUGGGAUGGGCUCUGGGACCUUUGAUCUGGGCACCGCUGUCGGAGCUAUGGGGCCGACAGAUAAUCUUCUUUGCCACCUACGCCAUUGUCACUGCUUUCAACGCAGCUGCCGCUGGAGCACCAAACAUCGGCACCUUGGUAGUCCUACGCUUCUUCGCUGGAACGUUCGGCGCAAGCCCUAUGACCAAUGCGGGAGGAGUUGUGGCCGAUCUAUUACCUGCCAACAAGAGAGGGAUUGGUAUGGUGAUCUUUGCCUCGGCCCCUUUUCUCGGACCUGUCAUCGGUCCUGUUGCCGGGGGAUUUGCCUCUGAAAAUAUCGGCUGGCGCUGGGUUGAAGGUAUCAUGGCUAUUUUUACCGGAAUACUUUGGGUGGUAGGGGCCUUCCUUCUGCCGGAGACCUACGCUCCAGUAAUUCUGCAACGGCGCGCCACCGCUCUUUCGAAGCGCACCGGAAAAGUGUAUGUUUCGUCCCUUGAGUAUCGCCAGGGCAGAGUCACUCCCAAAGCCGCGUUUCAGAAGGCAAUCGUUCGACCCUGGAUCUUACUGUUCCGCGAACCAAUCGUCCUCUUAUUGUCCAUUUAUAUGGCGAUUACGUACGGCACACUCUAUAUGCUGUUCGGGGCCUUUCCGGUCGUCUUCCAGGAUGGAAGGGGUUGGUCCCAGGGUGUUGGAGGCCUAGCCUUCUCGGGACUGGGAGUCGGUAUUGUCAUUGGCCUCAUGUAUUGCCUCUGGGACAACAAACGAUAUCUGCGAGCUGAGGAGAAAGCCGGAGGUGAAGCAGCACCCGAAGUUCGGUUGCCGCCAACCCUGGUAUCUGCUGUUGCUAUGCCUAUCGGCUUGUUCAUCUUUGCUUGGACGAACUAUCCAAGUAUCCACUGGAUUGUUUGCAUCAUCGCGACCGUUCCCUUUGGAUUUGGUAUGGUCACUGGAUUUUUGUCCAUGAUGAACUAUCUGAUUGACGCGUAUACCAUCUAUGCCGCAUCCGUUCUUGCGGCAAGUACGGUCUUGAGAUCGCUAUUUGGAACCGUCUUUCCUCUCUUCACAUCGUACAUGUAUGCGGAUCUUGGCGUACAUUGGGCAUCAUCGAUACCAGCUUUCCUGGCGCUGGCGUUUGCACCGUUUCCUUUCUUGUUCUACAAGUAUGGAGAAACCAUCAGGAUGAAAUGUAAGUAUGCUGCACAAGCUCAUGAUGUUAUGGCCCAGCUGCGUAAGACAAAUACCCAGAUCGAACGCGAAGAGAGGGACAAGGAUUCCGAUGUAUAA